AUGUUUCCUCAAGUACUAUCGGAAGACUUUGGUCUAUGUAAAAAGUUUGAAGCCUGCUUUCAAGUAAGUGAAAACACUGUGCUUGUAUUUAAAUCUAACAGAAAAGUACCAUUCACAGCAAUUGCAAUCGUAAAUGAAGAGUUGAACAGACAGGAAAAGCGUGGAAUCAUCAAAAAGGUGGAAUAUUCUAUGUGGGCGACGCCCAUGGUAUGCAUUAAAAAGAAAACUAAUAAGAUUAGCCUGUGUGUUGAUUUCUCUACAGGAUUUGAACACCAUCCACUCCCAACUCCAGAGGAUAUUUUCACAAAAUUAAAUGGGGGAAAAAUUUUCACCAAAUUGGGUCUAUCUGACGCUUAUUCAAAGAUUAAAGUAAAUGACAAAUGCUCAAAGUAUCUGACAAUAAAUACACAUAGAGGAUUGUACAGAUAUACUCAGUUACCUUUUGGAUUAAAGGUUGCACCGGUAAUAUUUCAGCAAAUCAUGGACACUAUGUUAUCUGAUUGUGAAUUUACAAUUUCUUAUUUGGACGAUAUAUUGAUUAAGAGUAAUUCGUGCGAACAGUAUGUGGAGCAUAUAAAGCAGCUGUGUUCAAGAAAAUUAAAGCCCCGCUGGUAA